AUGGGGGAGCCAACGGAACAUGCCACGGCCUCCUCCUCGGAAGAGCCGGCACCACCACCCCCAGCACCGCCCCGCCCGCCUCUGUCGCUUGUCGAACCCACCCAUAAGAAGAAGAAGUCUGUAUUUCGCCGCGUCCGAGCUGUUUUCCGAACUUUUCCAAUCUUAACGCCUGCCUGCAAGCUUCAAUCUCUCCCAGGUGGAUUAAUACCGGAUGGCCAUGGCCAUGGAGGUACUCGUGUAACGGGCACGUUGUUCGGAUACCGUAAAGGAAAGGUGACGUUGUCCCUGCAAGAGAACCCCCGGUGUCUCCCGACGGUUGUGCUGGAGCUAGCCAUGCAAACCAACGUGUUGCAGAAGGAGAUGAGCUCCGGCAUGGUUCGAAUUGCACUCGAGUGCGAGAAGAGACCAGAGAAAGACAAGACCAAGCUGCUCGAGGAACCCAUCUGGUCAAUGUUCUGCAAUGGAAAGAAGACCGGCUUCAGCACAAAGAGGGAUGCGUCGAAGGAGGAUCUGCACGUCAUGGAGCUCCUCCACCACGUGUCGAUGGGUGCAGGGGUCCUCCCCGGAAGUUCAGAAGCAGAGGGACCGGACGGCGAACUGGCCUACAUGCGGGCCCAUUUUGAGCGUGUUGUAGGUUCUAAAGAUUCUGAGACCCUGUACAUGAUAAGCCCAGAAGGUAAUAAUGGGCCCGAGCUCAGUAUGUUUUUUGUAAGGAUUUGA